ACCUAACAUCAAAAAUCAAACUUCAAACAUCUGAAUCCUAUGUUCUGCUCAUCGGCGGCGACCGCAGCAUCUGUUGCGCCGCCGACUCCGAAAUACCUAGGUGCGCCAAGCUCUUGAGAGAGGCGGUUAUGAAGAAGAAAAAGCUCCAGAAAUCUGAUCUAAAGCUACCUCUUCAUUGUAGUGAAAUCAUCCAAAAGCAAAGGCCUGCCAAGCAGAGGGAUCCGAGCCAAUUCAUCAUUCGCUGUUCCAUCGGGAAUGGUAAAGUAGACAAGGCUCUUUAUGAUCUUGGAGCUAGCAUCAACAUAAUGCCUUUGGAGUACUACGGGAAGCUCAACAUUGGGCCACUCAAAUCCACAUAUGUUUGCUUAAGGAUGGUUGACAAUAUUGCAACAAAGGCGGUACGGGUAAUUGACGAUGUAUUGGUAAAGGUUGAUGAUUUUAUAUUCCCUGCCGAUUUCUUUGUUUUAGACAUAAAAGUUGAUAAACAAGUUCCUCUGAUCUUAGGCAGAAACUUUCUAGCCACGUGCAAAGCUCUUAUUGAUGUAGGUAGAGGAGAAAUCACAAUAAGUGACCAUGGAGGAAAGUCAACUUACUACAUCGAGAGUGCAAUGCUUAAAGAUGAAGAGGCAAGGAGAGCAAAGAAAGAAGAGUACUAUAGGAUGGUUAUGAUGUGUGAUAAAUCUAAACUAUUCGACCAGAAAAAAGGGGAAGAUCCUUCUAACCCUUCUAUUUUCAUAGUUUAUCCCACUCCUACCUCUCAAGAAACUAAAAGGAAAAUCCUAAGUCUUUGCGUACACCUAUGCAGAAAAGGAUAGUUAGAAAGCUGAAGCCGUUGCAUCCCGUGGAUUCUGAAGUCAAUGUCAUCAAAACCGCCAAAGGGAAAUUCAAAUGGUGGAAGAAUGUUACCAACAAGUUGGCGCAGGUUCUAGACUCCGGCCAGCGACCGCUGGCGCUUGCGCAGCGGCUCGCUGGCCACACACUGGAACGGUUCUUACUUCAUCCCAGCUACCGCUGAAGAGUCCAGCGGCCCGCUGGCCAUUCACCGCAUUCCAGCCGCAAUUUUUUUUUAUUUUUUCAAAUUUUUGUCCCGUCCAGCCAUUACCCGAAAAUUUCAAGGUAUGUUUUUUUCUAUUUAGUAGUUUACUCACGUCCCUACUGACUCUACAAACUUAUUUUACAUUGUGUUGUAAAUAAGUUUGGGGGGAUGAAGUGGUGGACCGUGAGUUUAGAUUUUUGUUUUAGCUUUUUAGUUUAAGUUUGUGUUUUAAUAUCCCGAAGGUGAAUCCAUGUCAUAAACAUAACAUGAAGAACUUAGAAACACGCAUGUUUAGGGACACAUUAGACCGAGUUGCCAAUGAUAUUAAGUUCUUUUCAUCUUUGAAUAAGUAUGUCUUGACGUUUUGAUUUGAUGGUUUGGUGAAAUGAUGCAUAAUUAGUAAAUUGCUUGUUCGCCUUGAAUCAUGCAUAUACCUUGUGAGA